AUGAAUUCAGAUGCACUAAAGUAUGAUAACUUUAUACAGGUCCUAUUAGACGAACUAAAAGACUGGGAAAGGGAAUUUGAAAGUGGCAAGCAACGUAAAUAUAAUAAUAACAUGUGCUGGCUUUAUUUCUUGAAAGGAUUUAAGAUCCUCGAAUCAACUACAAGACAACUCAGCUUGGAGUUCCAAUGGAUGAAAGGAAAGAAAGCCAAGGAGCAGAGAGAAGCAACGAAGGAGCUCGAGCAUAACAUUCACAUGGUCAAAGCUCCUUCUGUGCUCGACAAAGAGCCAUCACUUAUGCUGCCUACCAAGGUCAAGGUUUCACAAAAGAAGUACUCAGAGGAAAAUCUCAUGGAGGAAUGA